AUGAAGAACAAGUCCAAAGGUCUCAAUUCCCAGAUGACUUCUUCUUUGGUUGAAGGUGCUUAUCUUGAAGAUGGUAAGGGCUUAAGCAACUGGGAUUUUUUCACUCAAAUUCCAGGAAAAAUAGCGGAUGAUGACAAUGGAGAAGUUGCAGACGACCAUUACAACCGCUACUUGGAAGACAUUGAGCUGAUGCAUUCCUUAGGAACAAAUGCAUACCGGUUCUCCAUUUCCUGGGCUAGAAUUCUACCUGAUGGGAUGCUCGGCUCAGUCAAUCCAAGAGGGAUCAUCUUUUAUAAUAAACUUAUAGACAAUCUUCUAAGCAAAGGAAUAGAGCCAUUUGUGACAAUUCACCACAGUGACCUGCCCCAAGUACUAGAACAACGAGACGGGGGUUGGCUCAGUCCGCUAUUAAGGGAAGAGUUUGCACAUUUUGCCUCCAUAUGCUUUGAGAGUUUUGGAGAUAGGGUAAAGUACUGGGUUACCAUAAAUGAGCCCAAUAUGGUGGCUGAUUUUGCCUAUCUCAGAGGACUAUAUCCACCGGCUCGUUGUUCUCCACCAUUUGGCAAUUGUUCCACUGGCAAUUCUGACGUUGAGCCUCUUAUUGGAAUGCACAACAUGUUAAUAGCACAUGCUAUGGCUGUUGAAAUUUAUCGUACUUUUUUCUGGCCGAAACAAAAUGGGUUUAUAGGAAUUGUUGCGCAUGCAUUCAUGUAUGAACCGCUUAGGGAUGAAGAAAGGGAUCGGGAUGCUGUUGAUAGAGCCUUAGCUUUCAAUGUGGCCUGGACAUUUGAUCCUGUAGUGUAUGGAGAUUACCCCGCUGAAAUGCGCCAUUGCCAUGGCUUGGAGUUACCAACGUUUUCAGCCAAAGAGAAACAGCUUUUGAGAGGAAGCAUAGAUUUUAUCGGUGUCAACCACUAUUCAACUCUAUAUGUCAAGGACUGUAUUCACUCUCCUUGCCCCUCUGGGGGUGACCGUCCCAUCAUGGGAUUUCUCAACACAACUGGCUAUCGAGAUGGGGUUCCAAUUGGAGAACCGACUGGACUGGAUGAUUUCUUUGUUGUUCCAAGAGGCAUGGAGAAGAUCAUUGACUAUGUUAAGCAAAGAUACAAUAACAUGCCUAUGUUUGUGACGGAAAAUGGAUGCACUUUACAAACACAAGAGAAUGAACUAGAAGACAGGGAUCGGAUCAACUUUCACAAAUCUUACCUUGCCUCUUUAGCCAGAGCAAUAAGAAGUGGUGCUGAUGUACGUGGAUACUUCGUUUGGUCCGUGAUGGAUAAUUUUGAAUGGCUCAAUGGAUACACCAAAAGAUUUGGCUUAUAUUAUGUUGAUCGGGAAACACUUGAGCGAACUCCAAAGCUUUCUGCAGGAUGGCUUGCUAGUUUCCUCAGAAACAAUACUUACAACAACGACAAUGAAGAAAUUAGCUUAGCUUCAGUCGUUCAUAACCAAAAUAAAGUAAUUAGCCAAAUGGAACCUGAAGUUGCUGAAAUGUAG